AUGGCGUAUUCUGACAAGGAGAUCGUGCUCGUGACCGGCGGGAACGGAGGGAUCGGCCUUGAGGUCGCGCGACAACUCGCCCGAGAUCACGGCCAGAGGUUCCACGUGCUCAUUGGCUGCCGCAAAUUGCCCGACGGGGAAGCCGCCGUGAAGCAGCUGCAGGGCGAGGGCAUCGGAGAGGGGGUCGAGCCCAUCCAGGUCGACGUCACCAGCGAAGAGUCGCUGGCAGCCGCCGCGCAGCUGGUGGGCGACAAGUUCGGCAGGCUCGACGUCCUGCACGCAAACGCAGGAAUCUCCGGCGACAAGGAGUACGCAGGCCGGCCCAUCGGCGAGAUCAUCACCCUGACCGUGGCCACCAACGCCGCCGGCGCGGCCGCGAGCGUCGAGCACUUUGUGCCGCUCCUGUCCAAGGCCGAGAACCCGCGCGUCGUCUUCAUGAGCUCCGGGGCCGGCAGCCUGAAGGUCGCGCACGACUUCGGCUUCGUCAAGGCCUACCCGGCCUACUCGGUGAGCAAGGCCGCCGAGAACAUGGUCAUGCUGUACUACCACCACCGCUUCCCGGACUGGAAGGUCAAUGCUUCGAAUCCUGGCUUCAGGGCUACCAAGAUCAACAAUUACGGGGAGGGGGUUAACGAAACACCCGGGCCGAUCUCCGAGGGGGCAAGCAAUGCUGUGAGGUUGACGCUGCUUGGGAAGGAUGGCGAGUCGGGCGCUCAUACUAUGAUCAAGGCCUCGCAGGAUGAGUACAGCAAGACCAUGGAAGGGAAGGAUAAUGUUGUUACUGUGCCCUGGUAG